CUUCUCUCUCAUCAUCACCUCUGCGGUCCACAUAUAACCACGAUUGUGACAUCCCCAUAUCUGGCUCUACGUAUACGGCGUUCAGGCACUCAUCUAUAGAACUGCCCAACUUGAAAGACUUCUCUGGAGUUCACCGCUACCAGACCUGUGCUUGCUGUCAUGUCCGGGAGCGAUCUGGAUUACCCGCUACGUAACGUAACUUCAGGUUAUGGACCAAGAUGCUAUACUCGAAAAGAUCCGCGUUUCACGCCGUUCAUUCCAUACAAGGUCAUUAACUGGGGCGAGUUUAUGUUAUUCCAACAGUGCUGAAUGGCGAUCGACUCGAAAAUUUUCUUAUAUCCGCGCCUGCGCCUUUAUUCAUGACAUAUCCUAUCCCAGCUGCGUAUUUGCUCUCUCCUCAACCCAAAUACCACUCAUCACUGUGGUCAUCUCAAGCAUUCGUAACUCUAAUUCGUGUUACGAUCGAGCUUUCCGUCCGUAACGGACCGCCACUUUUCUAUUCACAAACCACAUCAGCGGUGACUAUCGAGAGCAGGGCGCCACUAUAAGAGGGUUCAGAUUUGGUCCCACUUUGGCCAGUUAGCAAGCCAACUCCAAUCCUCCCAGCCCCCCUAUAGUACCCCGCCGACGUAUACGAACAUCAUCUGCAGUCUAGUCACCUCACCAUGGAAUCUUCGUCGACCUCUUCUUCAUCAGCUUCACCCUCCAAACUCAAAGCUGUAGAACCUGUUCGUCGUUGCAAUCACCCAGAGUCACGAUUCCUCGUUCGUUGUGGAUGUCCCAAUGACAAACCACCUAGCCAUCCCAUGCAUUCCCUCGACGACGCCUUCCAUAGAGAAUGGUGCUCAAAGUGCCUUCUCUUUUGCUACCAACCUCCUACUUGCCCGUACAUUCUCCGCACGGAACGUCGCGCUCUAACAGGUCGACAUUUUAUCAGAUUUAUGUACGCCUUCAUUGCUCGGCUCUUCCGAUCCUUCGCGGGUUGCAUAUCACUCACUUAACUUCGGUCUGGCACCGCUAUUUGUUAUCUUGUCUGUGGGGGCGGGGCUACACCCUCGACCUUCAGCAUAUAAAUUUAGACUGGACGGGUUCAUGAUUUAUUCCUAUCUUUAUCUUUAUUCUCGUGAUUGAUCCCCGUUGUAGAUUUCUUUGAAGUAUACUUGUCUAGUAGUUGUACAUAUUUAUUGCUCAAACCCAAUAUCUCAAUUAUGUAACUUGC